AUGGAGAUGAAAAUGUCUCUCUCAUCAGAAUUGUUUGUCAAAGAAAACCAUGAGCUGCGGAUCGCGGGUGGUGCCGUGCGCGACCUGCUCAACGGGGAGAAGCCGCAGGACGUGGACUUCGCCACCACGGCCACCCCCGAGCAGAUGAAGGGCAUGUUCCAGGCGGCUGGUGUCCGCAUGAUCAACAACAAGGGGGAGAAGCACGGGACCGUCACAGCCAGGGAGACGCCGGGGCAGGGACCUCUGCGGCUCUCACAGCUGGGAAACCACGUCCCCGGGGCUCCUUCAGACAAACACAUGGAGAUGAAAAUGUCUCUCUCAUCAGAAUUGUUUGUCAAAGAAAACCAUGAGCUGCGGAUCGCGGGUGGUGCCGUGCGCGACCUGCUCAACGGGGAGAAGCCGCAGGACGUGGACUUCGCCACCACGGCCACCCCCGAGCAGAUGAAGGGCAUGUUCCAGGCGGCUGGUGUCCGCAUGAUCAACAACAAGGGGGAGAAGCACGGGACCGUCACAGCCAGGCUGCACAAAGAGAAUUUUGAGAUCACCACAUUGCGGAUUGAUGUCACCACGGACGGACGGCACGCGGAGGUGGCAUUCACGACGGACUGGCAGAAGGACGCUGAGCGCAGAGACCUCACCAUCAACUCCAUGUUUCUAGGCUUUGACGGCACUUUAUACGACUACUUUAAUGGUUACGAAGAUUUAAAAAAUAAGAAAGUGAGAUUUGUUGGACAUGCUAACACAAGGAUACAGGAAGAUUACCUUAGAAUUUUAAGAUAUUUCAGGUUUUAUGGGAGGAUUGUUGACAAGCCUGGUGACCAUGAUCCUGAGACUUUGGAAGCAAUUGCAGAAAAUGCCAAAGGCCUGGCUGGCAUAUCAGGAGAGCGGAUUUGGGUGGAACUGAAGAAGAUCCUCGUUGGAAAUCACGUGAACCACUUGAUCCACCUCAUCUACGACCUCGGGGUGGCCCCUCACAUAGGUCUGCCUGCUAAUGCCAGUUUGGAAGAAUUUGACAGAGUCAGUAGAAACGUGGAAGGAUUGUCACCAAAGCCUAUGACACUCUUGGCUUCCUUGUUGAAAGUGCAGGACGACGUCACCAGGCUGGACCUGAGGCUGAAGAUGUCAAAGGAGGAGAAGAACCUUGGCUUGUUUCUGGUCAAAUAUAGGAAGGACCUAGUUAAAGCCACCGACAGUUCAGAGCCCCUGAAGCCCUAUCAGGACUUCAUCAUAGACUCCAGGGAGCCCGACGCCCCCGCCCGCGUCUGGGAGCUGCUCAAGUACCAGGGCCAGCCCGGCGCCCUGGGGGCCCUGCAGCAGUGGUCGGUGCCGGCGUUCCCUGUGAGUGGCCACGACCUCCGGAAAGCGGGCGUCUCCUCCGGGAAGGAAAUCGGGGCGCUGCUGCAGCAGCUGCGAGAGGAGUGGAAGAGGAGCGGCUACCGGAUGCAGAAGGACGAGCUGCUGAGUCACAUGAAGAGGGACUGAGCGCGGGUGGCCUGGGCGCAGGGCUCCAGUAAGGCCUGUUUCCUCCCUCCCUGAGGUCUGGGACUCGGGCCCCAAGGGGCCGCCGCCGAGGGGAGCUCUCCGGAGGACUCAGGUCUUCUACACUCUGGACUCGAUGGUGUCAGGCACCCAACUGCAGCUCCCGCCUCUGCCCUGACCACUGACCCUCAUCCUCCGGGAACGGCUCCCGCUGAGGAAAGGACCCUGGGCCUGGCCAUGCGUCGCCUGUCUCGGCUUUCACGUGUCUGCAUAGGGCACCCUAAAGUUAAUCUUGAAAAGAUCAGUCUGUUUAGAGGGAAAUGUGUCCUGGUGUCUGCAGUUGAAAGCCUGGGUCACAUUACACACUUGUCUAUGGUAAGCGCUAGUUCUUACCUGAAUUCCAGAAUAAACUUGUGUUUGAAAAGAGGUGA